CUGACGGGAGCCAACUUCCUGAACUCGUCCCUGUUUAUGCCAAGUUAGCAAAGUUCUGCACAAGUGUGUGCCCCCAGCCGGGCUAUGCGCUGCCAGCUGCCUGCCACUCUAGGCUCCCCAUAGCUGGUCGGCACCAUGAUGAAGAAGCCAGACCUGAAGGUGGUGCUUCUGGGAGACAUGAACGUGGGCAAGACGUCUCUGCUGCACAGGUACAUGGAGAGGAGGUUCCAGGACACGGUCAGCACGGUCGGGGGAGCCUUUUACCUCAAGCAGUGGGGUCCCUACAACAUCUCCAUCUGGGACACUGCAGGGAGGGAGCAGUUCCACGGCUUGGGCUCUAUGUACUGCCGGUCUGCUUCUGCUAUCAUCUUGACCUAUGACGUCUGUAACAAUCAGAGUCUCGUGGAGCUUGAGGACAGAUUCUUGGGCCUGACUGACACCGCCAGUGACGACUGCAUCUUUGCCUUAGUGGGCAACAAAAUCGACCUCACCGAUGACUAUGAAGCCGAGGGAGAGUCUGAAGGAGAAAAGCCUCGUAGAGGUAGUGCUUCCAAAGUUCGCAAACAGGUUCAUAAUGAAGAUGCUAUUGCACUGUACAAACGGAUCAUGAAGUAUAGAAUGGUGGAUGAAACCCAUACCCCAGCCGCAGACAAAAUGUGCUUUGAAACCAGCGCAAAAACGGGAUACAAUGUCGAUUUCCUGUUUGAAAGUGUCUUUAAUAUGGUCAUCCCAUUAAUUGUGAAGAAGAAAGCAAAUGGACCAGACGAUACAGUCAUACUGACACAGAACCAUCACGAGAAAAAGACUAAAAGCGGCUGCUGUUAACAGUUGGGUUUCUUGAUGGUCCUCCCAACUGCUUGGCAUUUCCAGUUAACUUGACUAAAUAUACCAGCGGUUCUGUACAGUCAAAUGUAAGAAGCUUUAUUAAGACGAGCAGGAUUUUGCACAAAUACACCAAAUUGUAGUACUAAACAACUAAUCGAAUGAAUCUUACGCUUACUGAUUCAUUUAUAGCAAUCAAAUACGUUUUACAGAUCAUUUCAAUGGCUUUUGCAUUGUUUGCCAAGUACGUUUAGUACAUUUAUUUAUAAAAUUCUGCUCAUUUUCCACAGAAUAACGAAGCUUCACAUAUGGGAAUGUUUGCCUGACUCCAUUCAAAAAUAGUUUCAUAUUUCUGUUUGAAAAGUAACUUCAUUUAAUUAGUUUUUGAGCAAAAUUUUUUGAAAAUGAGUAGUGUCUAUCCAGGAGUCGUGACCUUUUAUGAUUGGUCAGAAACGAUACAUUAUAACAACUUUUCGUAUGCUAUGAAUGUAUAUACCUAUAUGAUGAAUAAGUAUAUUUUUGGGGCGAGGAGUAAUUUAUGACCAUCAUUAAUGAUGUGAUUUGUCAUUAACCUGUAUGAAUGACCUAAUAUUAAAUGUAAGAAUUUUC